AGAGGUAUGAGAUCGAGUACAACAAAUUCCUGAGUUGUUCAUAGAAUAUUCGAUCUAUUUUUAUAGACCUUUAUCAGUCGCCAACUAAGCCAAAGAUUUAUCAAAUUUUUGAAUAUAAAUCAUUCGUUUAUUUUUUUUUUUUUCAUAAUUUCAAUCCAAGCUUCAUUAAAUUAUUUCUGUUCAAAGAUAUAUACUUAUAAUACUGACAAAUAUAUAUUUAAAAACAACCUUGACGUGCAGUUUAAAUGUAGCUGGAAAUGUUAAAACACUUUUAAUUUCAGUGAAAAAAGGAUUCUGGAAUCUCAUGAAAUUAAAGAGAAAAUAAAGUAAAAUUCAUUUGUAAAAAUAGAUUGUUUGAUGGAUGAAAAAAAAUCUAUUAGUUUGCUCAAAAGUAUUAAAAAGAAGUUAUCCUUAAGAAAUUUAUACAAGUUUAAAAAAAAGAGAAUAGUUAAAGAUCCGCAUGAAUUGGAUGUCGGAACGAGCAGUAUUGACUUGAACGAAAUAAAUUCUUUGAAUCACGAAAGAUUCGUUGGAGUCAAAGAUGAUUGUCUUAGUCUUGCUGAUUCUGUAGACUUAAAAUGUUCUGAACACAAUCAGCGAUCUGAACAUGAUAUUGAUUAUGAAAAUCAACGUUAUAUUGCUCAUUGCAAUAUAGAAAUUAUGUGUAACUCAAAAGAAUCAUCAAAUGUAAAUACUAAUGACAUAAACGUUGAUAUAAAAAAUUAUAUCGAGGGAGAUAAUUUAAACAACGAUUUCGACGUUAAAUGCAUCGAUGGAGAAUCGAGUCAAUCAACUUUAUCACAGGAAUUACUGAAAUUAAGCAAGUAUGGAUGGUAUUGGGGGCCUAUGUCGGGUGAGCAGGCAGAUGCUCAAUUACUUUCUGAACCAGAUGGUGCCUUUUUAAUUCGAGAUUCGUCUGAUGAUAGGCAUUUAUUAACGUUGAGUUUUAAAUCUGCCGGUAAAUUGUUGCAUGCACGAGUUGAACAUAGUGGUGGUAUGUUUUCGCUUUGUAACCAAGGAGAAAGUGGUAGAUUCUCAUCGAUACCAGCUCUUAUAGAUCAUUCAAUGAAUUUUAGUAAAUAUUCGGUGUUCUGUUAUUCACGACCAAGGCAUCCAGGUCAUCCAGCAUUUCCUGUACGACUCACCAAACCUGUCAGUCGUUUUACGCAAGUCAGAAGCUUACAAUAUUUAUGUCGUUUUGUGAUACGGCAAAAGACUCGACGGGAUAAUAUUCAUAAACUCCCUUUACCAGAAGCCAUAAAAAGAUAUGUUGAAGAAGAUUAUUAUUAACAAAGUUUUUUAAGUUUAGUAAUUAAUGAUUUAAUAAAAGUUAAUAAAUAACAGAAAAUAUAAAAUAAAAA